UAAAAACUAAAAAGGAGAGGACGUGGCCACUCACUCCCUCUUAUCCCCCCUCCCUAAUCAGUUGGUUGCUUAUGGCUUCCUCAUCCUUCUUAAACGUCUGCUGUUCAUCGUCUUCGUCUUCUUCUUCGAAAUUACCCUCAUACUCCUCCACCUGCUUCCCUUCAUCCAAUGGAAUUUCACUCCCCAGAGCUCCAUUUAGUUCCAGAACCUAUGCCAAGUUUGAUAAGUUUGAAGGAACGGACACUUUCCAAGAUAUGCAACCAACACUUGAACAAAAUCCUCAAGAUGAAGAAGAUGACAGUUGCUUGCCUUCGGAUCUGGAAGGCGCAGUUCGGCAGUCUGGUGAAGCAAGUGCUGCAUUUGUGUCUUCAGGGGGGAUGAGAGCUAUUGUUGAGCUCUUAAUCCCACAGUUGCAAUUUCUUGAUGAUGAAGGUGCACAGGGUGAACUGUGGGAAUUAUCAAGAAUUUUUGUGGAUACACUCAUUGAAGAAACAGGAUGUGAGAGAGUUAAAGCAAUAUUUCCUGAUGCUGGCGCUGCUGCACUUCUCAAGUACAGGUGGGAUGAUGCUGCUUUCACUUUCGCAAGCUUAAGUGAUCGAAAGCCUGUUGAAAAAGAAGACGAGAUUGUUGUAAUGAUACUUCCAGAUUAUCAAAUGUUGGAAUACGUGGAGCGAAUCGCAUCUGAUCUUUCAGGUGAACCGCCACGACCUCUCAUCAUGUGGAAUCCACGUCUUAUUAGCGAGGACGUUGGAGUUGGAUUCAACGUUAGAAAGUUGAGAAGAUAUUUCUUGAGAUCUUUCACUACGGUUUACUCGAUGAAACCUCUACCUACGGGUGCUGUAUUUAGAUGCUAUCCCGGAUUAUGGAAAGUUUUCUUUGAUGACAAGAAUAGACCAAACCGCUACAUACUAGCUAAGGAAAUGAUAAGCCGUCCUGACUCAGAAGACAUUGAGUUAAUAUUUGGAGAAGGAGAGAACGAGUCGGAGCAGGGCCCAUCAUUGUUUAGUCAAGCAGUAGGAGUAUUUAAAUCACUCAACAAAUUUAUGAAAGUGAUCUCCAAGUGAAAUAAUCAAAUAGAUCGCGACUGUGAUUCUGUAACUGCUUCACGAUAUGGUCAAAAAGAUUCCUGCCUUCUGGUUUUGGCAAGAAACUACACUUAAUGGUUGACUGUAUUUUUGAAAAACAUGUUUGGUUGACAUAUUAUGUGUAACAUCUUGUCUCAAAAUUGUAAUUAUAUCUUUGUUAUUAUUUGAUAGUGGUUUGCUUCUUUUAAGUUGAGACUAGACAGAUUGUAGUGUCUGAAUUGUGUUUUGACUUUUGAGUUGAAUGGAAGCAAUUUAGAUUAA